AUGACCUCCGCCGCCUUGCAAUCCUCCCCCAGCUCGUCACUCUGUCCAGCCCUCUCGUCGACUCAAAUUGCAAAUUCAGGAGAAGGUCAAUUCUCUGACGCUGGUAGUGAUCAGGAGGAAGCUGCCGAUAGGGAAGCCCACAAGAGGAAGAGAGUCAAGCUGAACUCUUUUCACUCGACGCGAGAAAGUCCUCUUCCCCUUCCGACGAAGAGCAGUAGUGCACAAGGACCGGCCUCAAGAAAAGAACCUGAAACCUUCCACCAUCUUGCGGAUGCCAAUGAGGAUCAGGACACUCCAGAAGUUGAAGUUGUUGGUGGUGGAGUGAGCCUGCCGCUCAAUACGGAAAGUGCAGCAAGCACGAACAAAGGUCUUCGAAGUACCAGACCUGCAAAAUCGAGCCCAGCGACCGUUGCUAACCAAACAGCAAAUACGUAUGAUUGCAAGGGUCAACUUCCUAUGGCUACUCGAAGACUGGCCAUGUUGGUGGGCAUCCCGGAAUCCUCGCAAGCCAUCAUCCAGCGAGCUGGUACGAACCCCCAAGGCACGGCAUGCCUUUCAACUUCGGAUAGCUUGAACUGUCCUGUUCCUUCCUCCUCCGCUUCCAAUGACUGCACCCCCCGCUAUCCCAAACCACUCUCAUCGGCGGGUGCAGCUUGUAGCUCUCCAAGGGAUUUUUCCAACUAUGGCGCCACUGUCAACGCACGGCCCGUUGCAGCACGCAGGUGCGCGUCAACAUCUCGCGCAGUCUCCGGCCUUACGCCAAAUACGACAGUAGACGGUGUAUCCCAACAGGCGUCACGUAUCUCUUCACACGGCUCGAGUUGCGACACACGCGUCGCCAAUCAGGAUUCCCGCUCGGAUUCAGUUGCCCCGCGUUAUGGACGUGCAUCCAGUUCUUGUGACGAUUAUACGAUGCCCGCCCCCGGAAGCUUCUCGAUUCGUGCACCUCCGGCCGCACAGCUGCUGCAACGUUAUGAUCCUUCACUAUGCUCGGAGGCAUCCGAAGUGACGAGUCGGGGGGCAGGUCAUCAGCUCGAAUCAUUUGAAGAAAGUUCUGAAUUCGAUGGUUCCAGUCAGCCCCCAAGUACAUGCCCUGCCCAAAGUCCCAGUGCAUGCUCCUCGCAAACUAUCAUGGUCUCAGUACUUCCAUCGAUGGCUCACGGAAACCCCAACAAGCGUAAGGCGAGGACUAGCCGAUCACAAACGGCCGGAAGUGAUAAUGGACUAUCCGAAAUCGAGCUUGUGAAACCGCCACCGACGAUCAAUGGGAAAGUCUCACAUGGACGCAAGGUGCCAGUUGGCUACAUCAAGCGGACACCAAAUUCAUUCUUGAUGUUUCGGUCCCACGUCAUUGCCAACAAGUUACUACCGCCUGGGGUCGAGAACGAUAACCGGCAAAUUUCCAGAGUGGUGUCGGGCCUUUGGGCAGGGCUGAGUGAGGAGGAUUUGCGAUCGUGGCAGACGGCUUCGAGAGAAUUGAGGGCAGCCGCCCGCGCCAGGAAUCCCGGGUUAAAGCAUGCUCCUAACCAAAAGAGGAAGGAAGUAGUCCGCCGUCGACGAAGUGGCCAACUGCCUGGCGAAACACCCGAACAGCGAGUCGAGCGAGAGAAGGCAUCUGCGGCUGCAGUGGCCAAAGGGAUCAUCAAUUCUCGAGGAGAAAAACUUGGCAAGGGCAAGAUGGUACCAUUACCGGGUAGUUCUGCACGACCUUCCACUUCGAACGCGGUCAUUCAUCCUCGUGAUGAUCCAGUGCGUGACACCAGUCGCCCCGAAUUCCGUGCCCCGGUUCACUACUUCUGCCAGCCAGGUAAUGGUCAAGCAGCCACCCCACGGUCAGAGUAUGCCGAGUCUACCCUGACGACUUCCCCAGUUGCCGAGGCCCGUCGAUCGCUGUCGUGCGUACCGGAGUCUGUUGCAGAUGAGUCAUCAGCUCGACAAGCUCCGAUGACUGCAUCCGAACUCUCAACAGGAAGAGUGACAAACGGACACCAAGACGUGGAAAUGCUAUCCCAACCGCAACAGUCCCACAUGGCCCAUCAGACAACCCACCAAGGAGCUCAACAGCCACCAAUAAUUCAUCCAGUCAACCUGGAUCCGAGGAUGGGGUACACAGCCAGCGAACCAUCCCAAGGUACUGUCCAACAGGACCCCAGACUGUCGGUUUCUUCCUCCGGCCCUCCCGUUGCCAAUCAGAACGGGCUCGCGCUCAACCAGCCCGAUACGCAAGCAUACUCGGGAUUAUUUUCGCAUGUAGGCACUGGGCUUGACGUUCCGGGAAGUUUGCCUACUCCGUUUUCGGACGAAAUAUGGCGGUCACUCGGUUUGACAACCUCAGACUUGACUCCAACUCAACCGACACCCAGCUCUCUAGCGCCGCCUACGACAGGUACGAUGCAUGAUAACAAUUUUCAUGGAAAGAGCUUUGCAAUGAGAGACGAUAGUCAGACCCAUCUUCAGAGUUCCCCUUUUUGGCCCCAAGGGACUGGAUUCAACAAUCUCGUGAAUUCCAACCCGGCCGAAUAUCCGUUUCGGGAGCCUGCAGUUUCUGAACACAGUUCGCAGAUCAGUGGGUCUGGGGCCUCGCAACAAACGACAUACCCCUUACGGUCCCAAGGCUCUCAAUCGGACUGCUCAAAGCCGCUCGAGUUCAGUGCAUUGAUCGACGACUCCUCCUUUUCGGAUCCGUUGAAGUCCGACGGAUUGGACUUCGACUCCAUGUAUCUCAGUUACCAGUCCCAUUCGGCUUCCAACCAGGCCUUGGAAGACGCCUGUCAAUCCUUGACCACCAACAAUCUCGCCCAGAACACGUUGGACAAUACUAACACUUCUGCAGGGCCUACUCUUAACCAAGAUCACCAGAAAGAGUUUUGGGUGAAUUCGUAG